UCAAAUAAAUAAAAUAAACGUAGAAACUACUUCCACUCUUCAAAAGCCAGAAACAUAUAAUUAUACAGCACGAUUUCAGUUUUUGAAAUUAUGAGUUUGUUUGGGAUAAAUGUAUUGUACAAUGCUACGGUGAACCCGGUUAGGCAGUACACCUAAUCACUCACCCAUUAUAUAACUGAUAUGGGAGACUGGGACUAAAGAUUGCAGCCUUCACAACACACAAGAUUGUCCAACUCACCAACUGAGUCAAAGUGCCGGUGAAAGUUGUGCAAUAUGGCGUCGGAACAUAAUUUUGGUCGUAAGGAAAGCUAUGAACUUCAAACAACACCUAUGCUUGACAAAGAGGAUGGGAAGCGUAAGAAAUCUAAAGUGUCGAAGAAGAAUAAGAAAGCCGAGUUGGCGGAUCUGAAAAAAGAAAUAGAGAUUGAUUGGCACACAAUACCCAUGGAUGAAUGCUAUCGUAGACUUGAAACUAACCCAGAAACUGGUUUGACUGAAGAAAAAGCUGCUGAAAUACUGGAGAGAGACGGUCUUAAUGCUCUUAGUCCUCCAAAAACAACUCCUGAAUGGAUAAAGUUUUGUAAACUAUUAUUUGGUGGUUUUUCAUUGCUUCUGUGGAUAGGAGCAUUACUUUGCUUCUUCUCAUACACACUAGAAGCAACAACAAAAGAAGAGCCAAAUCCAGAUAACCUGUACUUGGGAGUUGUAUUGGCUGCUGUUGUUAUCAUUACUGGUUGUUUCUCCUAUUAUCAGGAGUCUAAAAGUUCGCGUAUUAUGGAUAGUUUCAAAAAGAUGAUUCCUCAGGAAGCAAUUGCUUUAAGAAAUGGACAGAAAAAAACUUUGAAUGCUGAACAACUUGUUGUUGGAGAUAUUGUAUAUGUUAAGUUUGGUGAUCGAUUGCCUGCGGAUAUAAGAAUCAUCGAAGCAAAAGGUUUUAAAGUUGACAACUCUUCUUUAACUGGGGAAUCUGAACCGCAAAUUCGCAGCCCUGAAUGUAGUAAUGAAAACCCUCUCGAAACGAAAAAUCUUGCAUUUUUCUCUACGAAUGCAGUUGAAGGCACAUGUGUUGGAGUGGUCGUUUGUACUGGUGAUCUUACAGUUAUGGGACGUAUUGCGAACUUAGCUAGUGGUCUUGGCUCUGGUCAAACGCCAAUUGCAAAAGAAAUUGAGCAUUUUAUUCACAUUAUAACUUCUGUUGCCGUGUUCUUGGGUGUAUCAUUUUUCAUUAUUUCGUUCGCAUUGGGCUACACCUGGUUAGAAGCUGUCGUCUUUUUGAUUGGAAUUAUUGUUGCUAACGUACCUGAAGGUCUUUUGGCUACUGUAACGGUGUGCUUGACCCUAACUGCAAAACGUAUGGCCUCGAAAAACUGUCUUGUAAAAAACUUGGAAGCUGUGGAAACUCUCGGAAGUACCUCGACAAUUUGUUCUGAUAAGACUGGAACUUUGACUCAGAAUCGUAUGACUGUGUCGCAUAUGUGGUUUGAUAAUGUCAUUGUCGAUGCUGACACAACUGAGGAUCAAUCUGGAGAAAAACAUGAUAAGAUGAAAUCACCAACUUGGAAUCAUCUUGCAAGAAUUGCUGCUUUAUGUAACCGUGCAGAGUUUAAACCAGAUCAAGAUGAAAUUCCUAUACUGAAAAGGGAAACCACUGGUGAUGCGUCGGAAUCAGCGUUGCUUAAGUGCAUUGAAUUGUCAAUAGGUAGUGUUGAAGAAAUGCGUAAAGCGAACCCAAAACUUGCUGAAAUUCCCUUCAAUUCAUCAAACAAAUAUCAAGUAUCUGUUCAUGAAAUUACGGAUGAUCCAAGAUAUUUAUUGGUGAUGAAAGGUGCUCCUGAAAGAAUUCUUGAUCGCUGUUCAACUAUAACCAUCGAUGACAAAGAGAUACCAUUAUCUGACGAUUUGAAGAAUUCAUUUCAAGAAGCUUACAUGGAUCUUGGUGGUCGUGGUGAACGCGUUUUGGGUUUCUGUCAUUAUUUCUUACCUGAAGACAAAUUUCCCAAGGGUUUCCAGUUUGUCGCUGAAGAUGAUCCUAAUUUCCCAUUGACUGAUCUUUGUUUUGUUGGAUUAAUGUCUAUGAUUGACCCUCCUCGAGCUGCCGUUCCUGAUGCCGUGAGCAAAUGUCGUAGUGCUGGAAUCAACGUUGUCAUGGUUACUGGUGAUCACCCAAUCACAGCUAAAGCUAUUGCCAAGCAAGUUGGCAUUAUCUCUUCCGAAUCGGAGACUUCUGAAGAUAUUGCUGCGCGUAUGAAUAUUCCUGUGGAUGAUGUUCCUGAAGGUUCAGCUGCUGCUGCUGUGGUUCAUGGUUCUCAACUCAAGGAUAUGGACUCUGACGAUAUUGAUAAACUGAUUACGUCUCAUCCCGAAGUUGUGUUUGCAAGAACUUCACCACAGCAAAAACUGGUUAUCGUUGAAGCUUUCCAACGUCAGGGUCAAAUUGUCGCUGUGACUGGUGAUGGUGUAAAUGAUUCUCCCGCUUUAAAGAAAGCUGAUAUUGGUGUUGCAAUGGGUAUUGCUGGGUCUGAUGUCUCAAAGCAAGCAGCAGAUAUGAUUCUUCUUGAUGAUAACUUUGCAUCAAUUGUUACUGGCGUUGAAGAAGGUCGAUUGAUUUUUGAUAACUUGAAGAAAUCCAUUGCGUAUACAUUGACCAGUAAUAUUCCGGAGAUCUCGCCUUUCUUGUUCUAUAUACUAUUCAAUGUUCCAUUACCUCUUGGUGUUGUUACUAUUCUUUGUAUCGAUCUGGGAACUGACAUGGUUCCAGCCAUCUCUCUUGCUUAUGAAAAAGCGGAAAAUGACAUUAUGAAACGAUUGCCUCGUAAUCCACAAUAUGACAGACUUGUGAACCAACGUUUAAUUGCCAUGGCUUAUGGUCAAAUUGGAAUGAUCCAGGCUUGUGCUGGUUUCUUUUCAUAUUUCGUUAUCAUGGCAGAAAAUGGCUUUUUACCUCUUCGUUUAUUUGGUUUACGAAGUGAUUGGGAUGAUAAAGAUAAUGUGUUUGUCACAGAUAGUUACGGUCAACAAUGGGGUUAUAGGCAACGCAAAGAACUGGAAUUCACUUGCCACACUGCAUUUUUUGUCAGUAUUGUUGUUGUGCAGUGGGCAGAUUUGAUCAUCUGUAAAACGAGACGUUUAUCCUUGUUCCAACAAGGCAUGAAGAACCACAUGCUGACAUUUGGCCUCUUUUUUGAGACUGCUCUUGCAGCUCUUCUAUCAUAUACCCCUGGUAUGGAGAAUGGCCUUCGCAUGUAUCCUUUACGGUUUACAUGGUGGCUUCUUGCUAUUCCAUUUAGUAUUCUUAUUUUCGUCUACGACGAAUGUAGGAAGACCAUUCUCCGUAGAUAUAAAGGCUGUUGGCUAGACCAAGAGACCUAUUACUAAAACUUCUCUCUCUCUUUUUUUUUUAAUAUAUCUUUAUUGCUUUAAGAACCAUUAUGAUUGUGUUCUAUUUUCCACACUGAUAUUUUGGCAGUGUUUAAUAAUUUGCACUUCCUGAAUGAUUAUUUAACGAUUUCUUUUAUCCGAGUCUACAGUGAUAUGAAAACUGAUUGGUGGAAUGUAUUGGUGAUGACAGCAAUCAUAUACAGUGGUCUUUUGAGGAUAUUGUAUUGUUUGUAAACAAUAAUAACCUUUAGUUAGAGCGCACAUUAUGGGCAAUAAGACCAUUCCCAAUGUUUCGAAUGUUGUUUUACUUGAUUCUUUGAGAGAGGAAACUUUGGUCCGUCGAAUGAAAAAGAAUGAAAUAUGUUGCAAUAAGUUGUCUUCAAAAGAAAACUGUGUUAUGCAUUCGCUUUGUGUCAAUACCAGUCAAACAGUUAGACGUUAUUUAUUUAUGCCCGAUCUGAUAUUGGUUAGAAACUUUAAGUCAAUCUCUUAUACUAUAUGUAUCACUCCAGCCUUCAGUUUGCACUUUCUUUGGUUUCAUAAUUGUUAAAUAAUUAUUUUCUUGUUGCCAAUAAAAAACAAUGUGUGUAUUUCA